AUGAUUGAAUUAAAUACAAUUGAAGAUCAUUCUAAAACUGAAGUAAAAGAUGAUAAUAAUAAAGAACAAUGUACUGAUGUAUUAAUAGAACCAGUCGUUGCAGGAAAUAUCGAUAAACCUGUUGAAUCAUCUCCAACAAGAUCAACACGUUUCUUAGGAGUAUUUUAUGCAUUAGUAUCAACAUUUAUUUUUACAGUUACAAUGUUUGUAGCAAAAGAAUUAAAAGUAGAUGUACUUGAUGCAAUAAUUCCCUCUUAUCUAUUGAAUACCAUCUUAUUGUUUAUCUAUAUGAAAUUCAUAAAACAUUAUUCAUUAUAUAGAAAAUCAACGAAACAAGAAAUAUUUUUUUUAUUCAUCAAUGUUUUUUGCACUACCAGUGGCAUUUUUGCUUAUUAUUUAGCUUAUCGUUAUUUAACGUUACCAGAUGUAAUAACAAUACGUUUUACACAAGUUAUUUGGACAGCAAUUAUAACUACAGUUCUUUAUCGUGAAAAACCAUCUAUACCAAUGAUAGCAGCUAUUUUAUUAACAACUAUUGGUGUGAUAUUUGUUGCUCAACCAACUUUUUUAUUUAGUAAAAUAUCGACUACAUCUAAAACUAAUAUUUCAAAUAAUUCCCAGCCACAUAUAAUAGGUAUAUUAAUUGCAUUUUAUUGUUCAAUAGCAUUCGCCAUAGGGGUACUAUCAAAUAAACAUUUAUUCUUAAGAUAUAAAACAAAACAUAGUUUAAUAGUAUUCUAUUUUACAUUUAUAACACUUUGUGCGCUAAUUGCUUAUGUAUUUUAUAAGUAUAAUUAUUCUAUUGGUCAAACGCAAUCAUUCAAAAAUGAUUUUUUUAAUUGGAGAUAUCUAUGUGCUUCAUCAGUUUUUUUAUUAUAUACACCUGGAUUGCUGUUAAUGCAAAAAGCAAUUAAAUAUGAACAUCCAUCAAUAUUUACAAUACUUCAAUCUAGUGGUAUUUUAUUCUCAAUUAUAUUACAAAAUACUUUCUCAUCAGUAAAAUCAAACCUUUUAUCAUUAUUUGGUUCAGCUCUUGUUUUAUUAAGUAUAUUAACAAUAACUGGAUCUAAAUAUAUUAAUGAAAAACGAGCGAAAAAAAAAUUAAUACAACAGACUUCUGCUAAAUAA